CAACGUCCCUGAGCCGCCUCUGUCUGGCUCAUCACAGGAGGAGACCCAGUAUGCCUCAGUGAAUCUGCAGGGACUCAGUGCUGCCACCCAUGAGAUUCAGCACUGUCAACAAGAAGUCCAGACCAUGAGAGACCGACGGCCUGACCGAAACACCGACUGAUUACUAAUGAGGUUGAUGCAGACAUGUCAUUCUCAAAAGGCCCUGUGAUUCUCACUGCAGCCUUCUGCCUUUUAUCAGGUGUCUUUGGUCAGCACGACUGGGGUGUGAUGUAUCCCUCUACCAGCAUCUGUGGUUUAAAGGGGUCAUUUGUGGACAUCCCCUGCACUUACUCAUAUCCAAGUGUUCGUCAAAUAAGAAAAACAUUCUGGCACAUCAAUUGGUUUCCUGAUACACCAACAGACUUGAGUCUGGAUUCCAGAUAUCAGGGGCGUGUGGAAUAUCUUGGUGAUAAAGUGAACGAUUGCACUCUACGAAUCAAGAAUCUGACAGACAGUGACACUGAGGAAAAAUACAGAUUCAGGUUUAUAACCAAUGACCCAGUAGGGAAAUACUCUGGAUCUGAGGUCUCUCUGUCACUUACAGACCUUCAUAUAACAGUGAGUCCAGAAUCAGUGAAAGAGGGAGAGAAGGUGACACUGACCUGCAGCAGCACCUGCAGUCUGAGUAACAACCCCACCUACAUCUGGUACAGGAACUCACAGCCUCAUAAACACACAGCAGAUAACAGGCUGGCAAAAGACUCCGUCAGCGCUGAAGAUGCAGGCAGAUACUCCUGUGCUGUUCAGGGACAUGCGAUUCACAGUUCACCUGAGAUGAGUCUCAGUGUCAGAUAUGCUCCAAAAAACACCUCAGUAUCAGUCAGUCCCUCUGGUGAAAUAAAAGAGGGCAGUACAGUGACUCUGACCUGCAGCAGUGAUGCCAACCCACCAGUGCACACCUACACCUGGUACAAGAUGCUCGAAGGUCUUUCUUCACAAGUUGGAUCAAAUCAGAAUUACAGCCUUGUCAACAUCAGCUCUGAGCAGAGUGGACUCUACUACUGUGUGGCUGUGAAUGUGAUUGGGAAACACAAUUCUUCAGCAGUACAGAUAAAUGUAACAUAUCCUGGCUUGCCCAGAGGAGUCCUGUUUAGUGCUUUGGGGGGCAUCUCGGCCGUAGCUCUCCUGCUGGUGGUGGUAAUGUGCUGGAGGAGACAGAAGACUCAAUCAACAACAACCUCAAGGAGCACACACAGCAGCACACAGGGACACUCUGAUCCUGUUUGCAACGUCUCCACAAUCCACAUGGUCUCUGGCUGUGGACAGAGAGUUCCUGCAGAUCACAAAGAUGAUGAUGAAGAUGAUGUCCAGUACGCCAGCGUCCAGUUUAAGCCCAAUAAACAGCGGGAGAUGCCCAGCCAGGAGGAGAAAGUUGAGUACGCCAGCGUCCAGUUUAAGUCCAACCAACAGCAGAAGGUGCCCAGCCAGGACGAGGACGUCCAGUACGCCAGUGUUCAGUUCAGGAAGUCCAAACCAGAGUCCAACAUCCCUCAGCCGCUUCUGUCUGGCACAUCACAGGAGGAGACCCAGUACGCCUCAGUGAGUCUGCAGGGACUCAGUGCUGCCCCCCAGUGAGUAUUUACUCUCAUUACAGACAAUUGAACAUUAGUGA